CUGAGGCCCCGGUAGUGGGUGAGGCGGCUGCAGGCACCUCCCUGCGGCGCCGCUCGUCCGGCGGACGGGGAUGUGACCGCGGGUCUGCCGGCCUGCCCGGGGCGUCACGUCAGCUCCCGUGUCAGCGCACUCAGUUCACAUCAAUGGCGGGGUCCGGCUGCGCGUGGGGCGCGGGGCCGCCGCGGUUUCUGGAGGCCUUUGGGCGGCUUUGGCAGGUACAGAGCCGCCUGGGCAGCGGCUCCUCGGCCUCGGUGUAUCGGGUGCGCUGCUGUGGCACCCCUGGCUCGCCCCCCGGCGCCCUCAAGCAGUUCUUGCCGCCUGGAACCACCGGGGCUGCAGCCUCGGCCGCAGAGUAUGGUUUCCGCAAAGAGAGGGCGGCGCUGGAACAAUUGCAGGGUCACAGGAACAUCGUGACUUUGUAUGGAGUCUUUACAAUUCACUUCUCUCCAAAUGUGCCAUCACGCUGUCUGUUGCUUGAACUCCUGGAUGUCAGUGUUUCGGAAUUGCUUUUAUAUUCCAGUCACCAGGGUUGCUCCAUGUGGAUGAUACAGCAUUGUGCCAGAGAUGUCCUAGAGGCCCUUGCUUUUAUUCAUCAUGAGGGUUAUGUCCAUGCGGACCUUAAACCACGUAACAUAUUGUGGAGUGCAGAGAAUGAAUGUUUCAAACUCAUUGACUUUGGACUUAGCUUCAAAGAAGGCAAUCAGGAUGUAAAAUAUAUUCAGACAGAUGGGUAUCGGGCUCCAGAAGCAGAACUGCAAAAUUGCUUGGCCCAGGCUGGCCUGCAGAGUGAUACAGAAUGUACCUCAGCUGUUGAUCUGUGGAGCCUAGGAAUCAUUUUACUGGAAAUGUUCUCAGGAAUGAAACUGAAACAUACAGUCAGAUCUCAGGAUUGGAAGGCAAACAGUUCUGCUAUCAUUGAUCACAUAUUUGCCAGUAAAGCAGUGGUGAAUGCCGCAAUUCCAGCCUAUCACCUAAGAGACCUUAUCAAAAGUAUGCUUCAUGAUGAUCCAAGCAGAAGAAUUCCUGCUGAAAUGGCAUUAUGCAGCCCAUUCUUUAGCAUUCCUUUUGCUCCUCACAUUGAAGAUCUGGUGAUGCUUCCUACUCCAGUGCUAAGACUUCUGAAUGUAUUGGAUGAUGAUUAUCUUGAAAAUGAAGAGGAAUACGAAGAUGUUGUAGAAGAUGUAAAAGAGGAGUGUCAAAAAUAUGGACCAGUGGUAUCUCUGCUUGUUCCAAAGGAAAAUCCUGGCAGAGGACAAGUCUUUGUCGAGUAUGCGAAUGCUGGUGAUUCCAAAGCUGCUCAGAAAUUACUGACUGGAAGGAUGUUUGAUGGGAAGUUUGUUGUGGCUACAUUCUACCCACUGAGUGCCUACAAGAGGGGAUAUCUGUAUCAAACUUUGCUUUAAUCAGUAACCUAAAGACUAUUUCCUGUU